GAAGAGACCUGCCUACGAUCCCUUUGUACAUUUUAUUUUCCUCAUACCAAUCGGAUCUCGUCUUCUCAAGCCUCUUUCCUGCUUUUUUUUCCUUUGCCGCCAUGACCACCUUUACAAAGCUUAACGACCAGGAUGCGCCUAGUAUUUCCAUCCACCCAACAAGGCGCAUUUCUAAGAUCAACCCCAACAUCUAUGCGGGUUUUACAGAGCACAUGGGCCGAUGCAUCUACGGUGGCAUCUAUGACCCAGGAAACAAGCUAUCGGAUGAGAAUGGUUUCAGAACGGAUGUGAUCGAAGCCCUCAAGGAGCUAAACAUCCCUGUCGUCCGCUAUCCCGGUGGCAACUUCAUGGCAACGUACCACUGGAUUGAUGGUGUUGGCCCGAGAGAGAACCGGCCUUCCAGACCUGAGUUAGCCUGGCUGGGAACAGAGACAAACCAAUUCGGAACGGAUGAGUUCAUGAAGUGGUGCGAGGUACUUGGAACUGAGCCCUAUCUCUGCUUGAACUUCGGAACUGGUACUCUUGAUGAAGCACUCGCUUGGGUUGAUUACUGCAAUGGUACUAGAGAUACCUACUAUGCCAACCUUCGCCGGAAGCAUGGCCGUGAGGAGCCAUACAAUGUCAAAUACUGGGCCCUUGGAAAUGAAGUAUGGGGGCCAUGGCAGGUUGAGCAAAUGACCCAGGAGGCAUACGCACACAAAGCCUACCAAUGGGCCAAAGCUCUCAAGCUUCUCGACCCUAGUCUCGUCUUGAUCCUCUGCGGCCAAACCGGUUUCGCCUCCUGGGAUCACUACACCUUGAAGCACUGUCUUCUUCCUGCUCACUCCGAGCUUUCCACCAGUGCAGUCCCCUUGAUUGAUAUGCACAGUAUCCACCUGUACACGACCUCUGACUCACACCUCCCCAACGUCACCGCUCCCUUGGCCGGAGAGCGUGCCAUUGAGAUCACUUCCUCCCUGAUCGACCUCGCGAUGAUCGAGAACGGAGUUCCUCCCGAGCAACCCCGUCCCACGAUCUGCUUCGACGAGUGGAACGUCUGGGACCCCAUCCGCGCCGAAGGCAGCAAGGGCGCGGAAGAAUCCUACACGCUGUCAGACGCGUUGGCCGUCGCCGUCUGGCUCAACGUCUUCGUCCGCAAGAGCAAGGACGUUGGCAUGGCGUGCAUCGCGCAGAGCGUGAACGUGAUCUCGCCCCUGAUGACGACCAAGGACGGCAUCACCAAGCAGACCACCUGGUGGCCGCUGUACCUCUUCUCCAAGUACAUGCGGGGCUGGACCAUCAGCACGCACCUGUCCAGCGCUACCUACGAGGGCGAGACCUCCCCCAAGUGGGUGCGCAGCGUCAAGGACACCCCGUGGCUGGACGUCAGCGCCACUCUCGGCGAGGACGGCUAUGUCAACGUCGCGGUUGUCAACAUCAGCGAGGACAAAGACCUCGAGACCAAGGUCGAGGGUCCCACCGGGCAGGUCUCGGUGUUCACCGUCACUGGCGACAACCUUGCGGUCAGCAACAUGAACGGCAAGCAGGAGGUGGGCAUCACCGAGAGCACCUGGGAAGCCAAGGGCUCCUAUGUCUUCCCCAAGCACUCCUUCACCCUCCUGCGCUGGAAGGCCGAGUAAAUCUCCACAAAAAGACCCUCCUUACCCUUACCACCA